AUGGCUGCAUCCACGUCCAAGGCCAAGGGGCGAGCGCCCUACGUGAACCUCUUCGAUAUGCCGGAGCUGAUGCCCGGGGCACAGCCUUCGGCGAACCCCGCAGCGCGCGAAGAGUUCGAGCAGCGCUGCCGUCAGCUGCACCGCGAUGAGGAACAAGAAAGAUUGGAGCGGCAGUAUGAGCACAGUGUGACGGCUGCGGCGAAAGAGCAGGCAUCCAUCAAUGAGCUCCAGGCCAUGUUUCCUUCCCUCGAUGCUGACUUAAUUCGCGUCAUCCACGCAGAAGCUCCCACGCCUCAACAAGCCGUGGAGACGCUCCUCGCCUUGAACGAUGCCAACGAGGGACAGGUUCCAAUGACUACACCACCACCCUUGGAUAUGGGCAUGGACGAUGAGGAAAAGUUCCCAGUCUUGACCGAUGCCCACGGCUGGCAGGUCGUCAGCCAGCGCUUGAUCGAUCGUGACCCGGAAGAGGAUUUGGGCAGUGCCUGGUGUGAUCGCGCCAAGGCCGUACAGCACAUGCCCGCGCCGAUGACGGAGAAAAGCCCAGUCUUGGCCCCGAAGAGGAAGCCGAAGAAGGAGGAGAAGGACGAGAAGCCGUUGGAGGAGGACGUCUUUGAGACCGACUACGACUUUCGCCACAGGAUCGGCCAGAACCGUGCCAAGCACCGUGCAAGGUAUGGCCGAGGGCGUGGCACGGCCUCGCGGGGUCAAGGCGAAGCUGAAGCCGAAGAGGAUGAGGCAUCGGUGGAUGGCUCCACUGCGGACUGA